UUACUACUCUCGCUCACAUUCGCCGUACUCCUUUUUUUUUCCUCCUCAUCCCUUCCCCGGCCGCAUACUCCGUACUGCACUGACCUGACCUGACCUGACCUGGGCUGGGGCCUGACCUGACCGUACUUACCGACCGUAUUUCUCUUGCCUCUCUCCCACGUCCCUGCCCAUUUGAAAGACGUACUCGUUCUCUUCUUCUUCUUCCUUCCUUCUCCGUUUGCAAUUUCCUCCCCCAAUUUGUAAUUAACAGACGGAUAUCCUCUCUGGCUUGCUUCUUGCGCUCUUUCACACACUCACUCCAGACCAGUCCCUCAUUACCUCUGGAUAUCCCACACCCCCUGAGCAAUUUCCGUCACUGCUGCUGCUUCCUGCAACUGCUCCUACUUUCUUAAACAACAACCUCGCCGCCCUCGCUCGCCCUCCAAUAGACUUUCACCCUUUCCCUCCUCUCACGAAUCCUCACUCUUACAACCUCCAACUACUGCGGCUUUCUUACCUCGCCAACAAUACCCGACCAACAGCCGAUAUACACUGUACACCCACUCGACCGCAUCCUCGGGCUCUGGGUUCCCGUCAGAUCCAACCAACGACAUUUUAAGAAGUGACUUGGCCGCUUGUUUGCUUCUCAGCCGUGCCUCUGCAGCAAGCACGCUCCCACAACGGACUCCUUCUGUGGUCCAGUCGCUCCUUCCUGCUGCGCUGCGCUCUUCUGCCUGAGCAAACAUCCCUCGGCCGAUACGUCCACCGCUGAUUCUCGUACUCGACGACUGCAACUCCUGCUGCAUCCCGCCCCCCGCCCAGCUACUACUGUUCCUGCUGCAGUAUUUUGUCACAUUCGGUAAGUUACAACAAGCCUACUUGGCUUACCCGGUCAUAGAUGGCUGCAAACUCGCGGGCGUCCUUUCCCCCCUCCCUUUGGAACUCCCUAGUCCAUUACACAUAACUCCGGGAACCAGCACCUGCAUUCGCCCGCGUGUGUGUCGCUCACGAGACCCUCUUCGUCUCACAAAACUACCGAUGCUUGUUUGCGGCCUUCCGACUAGAUAUACUCUUGCUAACUUGCUUCCUCGAGGAACACCAGCCACACAAGAACGUCCCAACCUACUUCGGUUUAUUAGGCUUCGCAUUUUGCUCCAACAUCGAUUUUCAACGUGUAACCUUGGAGGAUCUAGAUUUGGUUUCUGACCAAUAUUAACUGAAAGCGCGAUUUCCGACGACCCAGAGGGCAGUCGAGCAGAGCGUAUAACGUACGUCAAAUCGACAGAACGAAAAUCUCGAAAAUGGCGGGUGAUCAGGGAGCCGGUGGCGGCAUAGAAAGCAACCGUCGCCACAUGUCGACUUCGACCCGCAACGGCGAGAACGAGCCCAUUCAGGAGUCUGAGCCGCAGACCGGAAAGCAGACGCAACAAGAGGAGGCGAAACCCCAGUUCAAGCAAUCGUCACAAGUCUCUCCCAGAGGCUUCAACCCACCCUCAAACACAUCAACACCCACAACAGCACCUCUCAUGGCCAGAGCAUCAUCCAACAGUUCGACUGUAUCUACGCCAAAUGCGCCUACAGACAGCUACUUCGGAACUGUGCCGGAGGUCAAGGCUUCUGCUCCCCGGAUCUCCCGGCCGAUUGAGCCCCCUGUGACCAAAGUGACCCUGAGUGAGCUGGACGUUUGCAAAAUAAUGCACAACCCAAAGUUGCGUCAUGAUAUCAACUUUGACCCGGAGUUGCACUUCCGCCCAAAUCUGGACGGCGACAAGGGCAAGAGGAAACAACAUAAGGCGGACCUUUUCUGGAACACCCUUCAGGAGCAGCUCAUUCAGUUCGUGAGCGAGCCGGAGUCCUUUUUCUCUGCACACGGUCAGGAUGAUGACUGGUGCUUGCCAUCUUUGUUAAAGGCGGUCAAGGAAAUCAUUCAGACCUUGGUGCCCCAAAGAGACAGAGUUUACUUGGAUGAGGGCCUCAACGUCGAUUUGCUGAUGCAGCAGUUCUACAGGGGAAUCGCAGACUUGGAAAAGCUAGCUCUGUGGCUAUCUCGGGUUCUGAAAUCCCACUGCGCUCCGAUGCGUGACGAGUGGGUAGAUCAGAUGUACACGCAGCUGAGCAACGGAAACCGGACCAACAACGUGGAUGAGCUUGUCAAGGGCAUGAAGAGUCUGCUCAGUGUUUUGGAGGCUAUGAAGCUCGACGUUGCCAAUCAUCAGAUUCGCUGCCUUCGCCCGAUCCUUAUCGAAGGAACCAUUCCAUUUGAGCGCAAGUUCUUCGAGAAAAAGAUUCAGGGGAGCAAGCUGGACGUCACUCAAGCAAAUGCCUGGUAUAGGGAUGCUGAGCAGAGAUAUGCUGCUUCUGUGUCUCCCAUCGCAGCUCAUUCCUUUGGUGAGAUGUCUGUCUUCUUCGAAGCCAUCUCUCGCCUGGUCUUGCCCUCGGUAUCCGAAAAGGCGUUGCCCAACACCUUCAUCUUUGACGAAGAGAGAUUCGGCAAGCUCCGGGCGGAUAUGUUGGACGCCAUCAACUUGGAGGUCUGCAUGCGUAUGUACGACGACCUCGAGAGAGUUGGCCGAUUGAACGCCCCUCUCUUUGCCAGCUCCUUCUCGCAGUUCGACGACGAGCCUCGCAGCCGCCCUCUUUCCAUGACUCCCGACUUCAACUUCAACACUCCGCCCUCGCGGCCGUCGAGUCUCGCCUUUAGCUCCGGCGACUCUGCCACUUCAUCGCCACGAUCUUCUCUCAUCCUACCGCCUCAACCUACAUCCGAUCCCGCAGAAUCUCUUGCCAAGGCUAGAGAUGUCUACAACUCUUUGGUCGCGCUGCUUCACACCUCGCCGCCGCCACGUAGGCACGAAUCUCGCUGGGAAGCCAUUGCUCCUUCACUGGCCCUUCAAAUCUUCCGAUUCACCAACGCACCCGCCGACAUGCUACCAGUCUUCGAGUCGAAGCUCGCUUCCCACGUUUGCGACAUCAAUAGCCCCUUGUUUCAAGAGGUUGAGGCGCACUUUCACCACAGGCUUCUGAUGGAGCUCCAGAAGCGAGUGCGCGAGUUCCGCGGGCUGACUGGAGUCGGUCUCUUCACCGUGGCCACUGGCGGCCGUGUCCAAGGCUCGGGACGAUCUAUCGGCAGUCCUGACCGUGAGGGCUCGGUCUCCGACGGUAACCGUGAGACCCGGGAUGACGGCGGAAUCGAGGACAUGGCGACUCGGCUGGCACACCUUGGUAUUCUCCACUGGAGAGUCUUCGCCGGCCUUGCAUACACUGAAGAAGAGCAGGCCGACAGCCUGAUGGAAAUGAACCAGUUCUGAGGCAUUCGGCCUUCAUCUCCAAAAAAACAACUUCAUUUAAUCAAAAGGGAUGCUGGUCUCAAAAGAAAGACGAGCGACCCGACACGCCCUGGCCUUAGCAUAGGGUUUCUCUAUUAUGUCUGGCCGAACAACAAUACCCCUUUUUACAGUUUUUAAUUUUGAUAUCGCGGCUAUUUCUCAUAAGAUUCUAUUUGGCUAUGGUGGGGGUUACGGAACCUUUUAGACGGUGUUUGGGGGUAUCAAAGCAUCAAGCUCGCGAGCGCUCUUGCCGCAAUGGAUUACUUGGUUCGGCGUUGCAUUGGGGAGGUGGUCGCAUCCAGAUACAUAGCGCACUUUUUGCAUUGCUGAGACAGAAAACAAAGAGUCACAUUUCGCCA